GCGCCACAGGAAAUGCUGCAGGAAACCAGGAACCGCUGGGUAUCAGGACGUGCAGCGGCGCACAGCUCCCCACGGACCAUCACGGGAUACCCACAUCUGCCCCGCGUCUGCCCGCCGAUCCCCGGGAAGGAUGGGAGGAUCUCCCAGCGUCCAGAUCCCGGGAGGGGGAACCGAAGGGUACCACGUCCUCCGGGUGCAGGAGAACUCCCCCGGCCAUCGUGCAGGACUGGAGCCAUUCUUCGAUUUCAUCGUCUCAAUUUGCAACACUAGACUGAACAGGGACAACGACACCCUGAAAGAACUGCUGAAGAUGAACGUGGAGAAGCCUGUAAAGAUGCUGCUGUACAGCAGCAAGAUGCUGGCCGUGAGGGAGACCACCAUCACACCCAGCACCAUGUGGGGCGGCAAGGGGCUCCUGGGCGUCAGCAUCCGCUUCUGCAGCUUUGAAGGAGCCAAUGAAAACGUUUGGCAUGUGCUGGGAGUUGAACCCAAUUCCCCUGCAGCCCUGGCUGGUUUGAGGUCUCACGUCGACUACAUCAUAGGAGCGGACAACACUAUGGAUGAGAGCGACGAUCUGUUCUCCCUCGUUGAAACGCACGAAGGGAAGGAGCUGAAGUUGUAUGUUUACAACACGGAUGCAGACAACUGUCGCGAGGUGGUCAUUACUCCCAACUCUGACUGGGGCGGAGAGGGCAGUCUAGGAUGUGGAAUUGGCUUCGGCUACCUGCACAGGAUACCUAUGCUUCCAUUUACUGAGGGCAAGAAAAUCCACUUCCCCGCACAGACUCCCGACAACAACACAACUUCCACACCUAAAGAUGGCUUUACAGAGGUUCAUCUCUCUGCUGUCAUUCCAACCGUUCCAGUUGUCGCACCGUCUUCUGCUUCAACUGGAUUAGAACAACCUCUGGACAACAUGUCCGUCAGCUCUAGCCCGACCUCUAUCCUGAGCACUCUACCUGCAGGGACAGCGCCUCUCCCUGGAGGUUUUCAUCUCUCUCCUGAUCUCCCAAGAAUGAUAAACGUCAAUUGGCCAAACGCUGAUUUUCCUUCUAAUAUCACCAUACAAGGUCACACACCUCUUUCUCCAUUCAGGCUCCCAGGUAUCACUUCCACUGGGGCUCCACAUCGACCCGACUCUGCUCGUCCCAUCAGCACAGAGCCGGCCGCUACGCUUGAUGCCACAUCUCCCUCUUCUACCAUCCAAAUGAACGGUUUAUUGACCAAAACCCCCGCCUCAUCUACAGUGCCCACCUCUGGAUCAAUAAAUAUAACGAUGUCUGUGGACUCCUCUUAGCACAGAGCAGCCCUUGCCCUCAAGUCCUUGCACAAUACAACCAGAUUGUUUUCUGCACCAGUCUGCUGAGAAAUUGCUCUUUUCUAACUGUUCUAUUAUUUAAAAAAAAAAAAAACUUUAACCAUCAGAAUUGUACAGUGUGGAAAAGGGGUUCAGUCAUUUUUUUUUGUAAUUUUAUUCUCGAUUUACUCAAAAGGUUUGAAAAGGGAGGCAAAGGUCUAACGUCUGAUGACCAUUCGUGAGAAGAAAAAAAAAUAAAAAAUGAACAAGGCAUGUUUGCUUACUCGUACAGUACUGGGGGGGGGUAAAUAAAGUGU